AUGGUGAUUAAAGUUUAUGGUUUGGCUAUGUCAACAUGUACACAACGUGUAUUAACCACACUUACUGAAAAAGGUCUUAAAUAUGAAGUAGUAAAUAUAGAUUUUGCUGCAGGUGAACACAAAUCACCAAAAUAUUUAGAAGAAAAACAACCAUUUGGUGUUAUUCCAGUCCUUGUUGAUGAAGAUGGAUUUAAAAUCUAUGAAUCGCGUGCCAUUUGCCGUUAUUUAGAAAUAAAAUACAAGGGAAAAGGUACUGAAUUAAUUCCAAGCAAAGAUGCCGCUUCACAAGGCCUCUUCGAACAAGCUGCAUCCAUAGAAACAUCCUAUUUUGAUCCAUAUGCUAGUCCAAUUGUCUUUGAAAAAGUCUUUAAAAAGAUGAAAGGUAUGGGUGAAGCUGAUGAAGCUAAAGUUGCACAAUAUAAAGAAAAUUUAAACGCUAAGUUAGAUGUAUAUGAAAAAAUUUUAUCAAAACAACCAUAUUUAGCUGGCCAAGAAUUUACUUUGGCUGAUCUGUUCCAUUUACCAUAUGGUGCAUGGCUCGUUAAAAUCGGUGAAGGUAGCUUUUUUGAAUCUCGACCAAAUGUUAAAAAAUGGUGGGAUAAAAUCACAUCACGACCAUCAUGGAAAGCCGUCCAAGAAAUAAAAUAA